UUCCGGCGCUACGGCGGUCCAGGUCCAAAAUGGCGGUGGUGGUUGGGUCACGGGUCUCUGGGCUGCUGCUUCGGUCCCGGCCACAGCUAGGGCGGCCUAUGGCGAGCAGCGCUCACGGCGAGGAGGGCUCAGCUCGCAUGUGGAAGACCCUCACCUACUUCGUCGCGCUCCCCGGGGUGGGAUUAAGCAUGCUGAACGUCUUCCUGAAAUCGCACCACGGAGAGGAAGAGAGACCUGAGUUCAUCGCCUACCCCCAUCUCCGCAUCAGGUCUAAGCCCUUUCCCUGGGGAGAUGGUAACCAUACUCUGUUUCAUAACCCUCAUGUGAAUCCGCUUCCAACUGGCUAUGAAGAUGACUAAAGAAAACCUGGACCACUGCUGGGGACCACAGCUUGGACCAUUACUCUGCAUGAGGACCAGAAAAGUGUACGGGACCUUAAGUUCACUUUCACUUGUAUCAAAUGAUGACCAAUACACUGAUCUUCAUCUGUUUGCUUGUGGCAGGAGAUGGCUUAAAUAAAUAACUUAGUCAUGACCUG